AUGCCUCGUCUCACCCACACAAAUCUGUCGCUGCCAUUCGCCCACCACUCGAUGGCGGGGGAAUCAGCAUCAAACGCCUCAGGAGGCUUGCGACUGAUGGCUAACCACCUCAAGGAAGGGCUCAAGUCUGACAGUUCGGGCACGAGCACAACACUUGCACGAGCACACGACAGCAAGGCGACGUAUUCGUACUUUUCCCUGUUCCAUCUCAUAAAACGCCGCACCCGAGACCGUGGAACCCGCCGCUUCAGCACUGCGGCACUUGACCUCAUCGCGCCCUGGGCUACCGUGCUCUCUCGCCCUUCUCUCUCGUUUUGUACUAAUCUCUCACAGGGUUUGUCGUCUCCUUGCAUCAUCCGGAUCCGGGCGCUCACUGUCUUCUCAUCUCCCCGUCGGCAUCUUGGACCGAAUUCUGCCCUAUCGUACUCUUUUACGGAUCCUCUCUCAUCUUCGGCACCCGCGUAUCCCUAA